CGGGUAGCCGCUCAGGUAAAGCGACCCUUCGGCGCCUGCGGGCGCACGCGCAGUGCGAGCCCGUCUCUUCCCCCCUCCCCUCCCCUCAGGCGCCUGAGGUAAAUCACGUCGCGCGCGGUCUCUUCAGGCGAGUUUCGCCGGGCGCCUCGUCGUUCCUUUUCGCGCCUUCCGAGAUGCGGGCGGCCUCCCCAGCGGCCCUGGUGUGGGCGCUGGGCGGGUUGCUGUGGGGCCCGGGCCCGUCUCCCUUUCCCUUUCCUUCGCUCCUCCCUGGCCCCGCGGGUCUCCCGGUGGCCUCGGCCCAGGCGGUGUGGACGGCGUGGCUCAACGUGUCGUGGCGGCUGCCCGGCAGCAACGAGACCUUCUGGAGCGCCGGCGAGAACGGCAUCUUCGGGCAGGACUCGCCGCUGAGGCGCCUGGAGGGCGUGGUGGUGGCCCCGGACGGGCGGCACGGCCUCAACGCCUGCAGCCCCUUCACCAACUUCAGCGCCGCCCCGCCGCCGCCGCCACCAUCAUUACCGGCCGUCACCGCCGCCCUCCCUUGGGCCCCGACCCCGGCCCCGUGGCUCGCCCUCAUCCAGCGCGGCGGCUGCACCUUCAGUGAGAAGAUCAACGUGGCCGCCCGGCGCGGGGCCGCCGGCGCCGUCAUCUACAACUACGCCGGCGGGACGGGCACCGACAUCCAGACCAUGACCCACCCCGGUACAGGAAGCACUGUUGCCAUUAUGAUUAGCUAUUUGAAAGGGAAAGAAAUCCUUCAUAGGAUUGAAAAUGGCUACCAAGUGACUAUGGUUAUCGAAGUGGGGAAAAAACAUGGAUCAUGGAUGAAUAACUACUCCAUCUUCUUCGUUUCUGUGUCCUUCUUCAUCGUAACUGCAGCCACUGUGGGAUACUUCAUAUUUUAUUCUGCACGAAGGCUUAGGCUUGCAAGGGCUCAGAAUAGGAGACAGAGACGUCUGAAAGCAGAUGCCAAAAAGGCUAUUGGGCGGCUUCAGCUUCGCACCUUGAAACAAGGAGACAAGGAAACUGGUCCUGAUGCAGAUAACUGUGCUGUGUGUAUUGAAGUGUACAAACCAAACGAUGUUGUACGAAUUUUAACGUGCAAUCAUCUCUUCCACAAGAACUGUAUUGACCCAUGGCUUUUGGAGCAUAGGACAUGUCCGAUGUGUAAAUGUGACAUACUGAAAGCUCUGGGAAUUGAGGUGGAUAUAGAAGACACAGCAGAAUCUUUCCAGACCUCUGUGUCCAAUGAAGCCUCCAACAUCCCUUCGCUUAAUGAAGAGGAUAAUCACAGUGAAACAGCAUCAUCUGGUUAUGCUUCUGUACAGGGAACAGAUGAACCUGUUCCAGAAGGGCCUGCCCCUUCAGAGAAUGACAAUCUCCAACUUGUGAACAACACAUCCCAGUCUCCACCAGUAGGUGAGCUUCCACAUCUUGACAACCCAGGUUUUGAAGCAGAUGAAGUACAAGACUGUGGAGUGAAAUGCUAAAUCGUCUUUUGGGACAGAACUGCUAUCCACUUGACACAUACCAGCAUCAAACAGUGACAAAACUGAUAAAACUGAUUUAGCAGCAAUGUUGCCUUGAUAAUGAGCUAAAAUACACACUUUAAGGUUGCAGUUCUGUGGAAUGACCUGCCCAUUAACUAACUUUGUUGUGAAAUUACUUUGGGUACUUUUCAGUACUAAUCUUUUUUUUCAUGUGUGACCAAGGAAGACAAAAUCUUAACACCAAGCCAUUUGAGUACAACUACUUUUUCAUGCAGUCAGACUUCACUUGUUCAAUCUGCAAAAUCAUAAGAUGGUCCUUUUUUUAAGAGAAAAAAAACUGUUGUUUUUAAAUUAACUGUCUUAAUUGAGGUUUUUUUUGUCUUGUUUUGCUUUUUGAGCUUUUGGUUAAUGCACCUACUAGGGUGUGUUCUAUUUCAGCCUUAGCCUCAGUUAAUGUGUGUUUAUUUAACCUACAGAGGAGUUUUCUGUUCAGUCCCUAAGCCUUAGGGUUAGCCUCUUGCUGCAUUAAAGCUGCUAGACCAAACAAAAAGUCUGUCAAAUAUAUCCAUAAAAUAUUUGGGAAUUCUCUGCACCUCUUUCACUGGGUUAGAGCAAGCAAAAACUUGUUGAGAAAAAUGCACAUUCCUAAAAAUUUCUCCUAUUUGAAGAAAUGGCCAACCAUUUUCAAUGUGCAUGUUUUGCUGAAAAAUAGAGACACAUUUGCCUAGAUCUACUGUGAAAUGUUUUAAGUGGUGCAUACUAACACACAGCCCAGGAAUCUCUCCAGUUUUUAAAAUGCUUUUCUCAAAUGUGUCAGAGACUGAAGAUCUGUCACCUACAGGGAUUUUUUGUUGCUGCUACUCUGAAGGAACUGUUAAAUGAAGACACCCGAUAAAUGUGGUUGGUAUUCAGAGUUGUUAGUGUAAGGCCUUGGCUAAAAUAACCGUUAAUUAAUGGGUGAACUUCCUCUGAAAUUAUUUUUCUAAUAUGUGAGAUAGGAGUUUGGAUCUAGGGGAACACAGGGUGCCUUAGCAUGGAGCUUGGAACCUCAUCCACCAAAGUGAACUAUUUCUAAUAAUGCACUUUAUUUUUAUUUUGUUUUUUUCUGUGGUUAUUUCUAAUUGCAAGUCUAGCACGAGGGUGGAGUGGAACAUGACAAUAAUGUGUUUUUAACUUUAUAAUUGAUUCUCACAAGAGAAAAAAAAGGACAUCCUACCCCUCAUUUUUGCUUAGUGUUUGAUAAAACUGUAAAUAAUUUUGAUUUCUAUUAAAUUCCAUUGAAUAUAAGAUGUAAAUAAAGCUAUUUUAAUGCCUG